AUGCGUCGCCCUCUGUUCCUUCGGAUUCUCAAUGCUCUUGGUGAAUGGUCUGAGUAUUUCACGCAACGGGUGGAUGGAAUUGGUCAGCUAGGACUUUCACCUAUUCAGAAGUGUACCGCGGUGAAUCGCAUGUUAGCGUACGCUGCAUCGGCUGACCAGGUUGAUGAGUAUUGUCGUAUUGGUGGUUCGACCGCUCUUGAGUCUCUAAAGUUAUUUUGUCAAGGAGUCAUUGAAAUAUUUGGACCGGAGUACUUGCACCAACCAAAUGUAGAUGACACUGGGAGACUGCUGCAGAUCCAUGGUUCGAGGGGUUUCCCGGGUAUGCUCGGUAGUAUCGACUGUAUGCACUGGAAGUGGAAAAAUUGUCCUAACGGAUGGAAAGGGAUGUACACUCGGGGAGAAAACGGAACUGCUACAAUCAUUUUGGAGGCGGUCGCAUCUCACGACCGGUGGAUUUGGCACGCAUAUUUCGGUGUAGCCGGGUCGAACAACGAUAUCAAUGUUAUCAACCAAUCACCGGUUUUCACAGACUUGCUGUGGGGUAGGGCUCCUAGGGUUAAUUUCAUGGUGAAUGGUCACUGGUAUGAUAAAGGCUAUUAUCUUGCCGAUGGUAUCUAUCCCGAGUGGGCCACAUUAGUGAAGUCCAUCAAGCUACCACAGAGUCCAAAACAACGGCUAUUUGCAAAUGCACAAGAAUCGCAAAGAAAAGACGUGGAAUGUGCGUUUGGAAUAUUGAAGGCUAGGUUCAAAAUCAUUGCAGUCCCAUGUCAGCUUUGGAAGUUAGAUGAAAUUGGUAUGAUCAUGAGGGCAUGUAUAAUCAUGCAUAACAUGAUUAUUGAAGAUGAGAGGGGAAUGGAUGUGCAUGAUUUGAAUGAUGACCCUGGGGAAUUUGAAAUGCAAGCUCCUGAAUACACCAACAGCGUGCCACGCGCAUUUGCUCAAGUGGUCACUACAGAUUGUGAGUAUGAGCCGCCGCCGGAUGUGCCGUCGCCGGAUGAGCCGCCGCCGGAUGUCUCGAAGCCAGAUCCGCUCCAAUGGCCGGCGACGGAUGCAGCUGAUGUGGCCGACGGCGACCUGGGAGGAGAAGGGGACCGAUGGCUCUUACUCGCGCGGACUCCGAGCAAACCGACUCGCCUGGCGACAGCCAUCGAGCUCGCCGCGCCGCCACCCAUCUUGUUCGCCAUCGCCACCCUCCCUGGGCGGGGAGCUUCGUCGACCUCCCUCUUCGGCUUCAAGAACCCGCUGCAGAGCUCCAUCGACAAGAAAUGGCGGGUGGAGAAAGGAGGAGGCGAAGAGGAGUUUGGGGAAGGAAAUGCGAUAGAGGAGUGGAGGGGAGGAAGAAGGCCAAAUGGGACGGAUAGGCCGAUGGCGGUCGGUGGGCUGUGGAAAACACAGGGGUAUAGGAGGAAAUACAUACAUAGGGAUACCUGUGUUGGAGCACCCCAUUGUGGGCUGUAG